GAGAGCACAGAGCGGGCUGGGAGAGCACAGAGCGGGCUGGGAGAGCACAGAGCGGGCUGGGAGAGCACACAGCGGGCUGGGAGAGCACACAGCGGGCUGGGAGCACAGAGCGGGCUGGGAGCACACACACAGCGGGGACACCGCGGGGCCGGCUCGGCCAUUUCUCCUGAUUAAGGCCAUGUAGGUUAAUCCGUGCUUGUGGUGGGGUGGUCCGCGUCUGCGGAGCGACGUGCAGAACGCGGAGCGCGGCAAACUGAGGCACCCAGCUCCGGCAGCGGGCAGGGCCGCCCCGCGGGCGGGCGGAGCGCGGCGGGCGCGGGGCUGGCUCUGGAGCAGCGCCCGCCGCCGCCGGCAGCGCUGCGAGCGCCGGGCCCGGGCGGGGGGAUGCGGCUGCCCCCGCCCCGCCGCCCGCACACGCGGCCCCGCCGCGCCGCGCUGCGCGCCCUGCCCCGAGCCCUGCCCAGCGCCCUGCCCCGAGCCCUGCCCCGCGCCCUGCCCCGCAUCCUCCCCGAGCCCUGCCCCGCGUCCUCCCCGAGCCCUGCCCCGCGUCCUCCCCGAGCCCUGCCCGCAUCUUGCCCCGCAUCCUGCCCCGAGCUCUGCCCCGCGCCCGCCGUGCACCCUGCCCUGCCAGCAGCCACCGCCCCCGGACUGCCCCAGGACAGCCCCCGGACAGCCCCCGGACAGCCCCAGGACAGCCCCCGGACAGCCCCCGGACUGCCCCAGGACAGCCCCCGGACUGCCCCAGGACAGCCCCCGGACAGCCCCCGGACUGCCCCCGGACUGCCCCAGGACAGCCCCCGGACUGCCCCCCUCCCCUCCCGCGGCGGGGCCGCGCCGAGCCGGGCCAUGGAGCAGCACCUGCGGCGGCUGCGGCAGGAGCUGCUGUCCAUGAAGGAGGUGGGCGACGGGCUGCACGAGCAGAUGAACUGCAUGAUGGGCGCCCUGCAGGAGCUGAAGCUGCUGCAGGUGCAGACGGCCCUGGAGCAGUUGGACCUCUCGGGGCGCCGCAGCCCCGCGGAGCAGCGCCGGUGCUGCCGCGGCACCGCGGCCGCCGCGCCGGGGGCGGCUCAGGGACGCUGCCCCCCGGCCCGGCCCGGCCCCCGGCCCGAGGGUCUGUCCCACCCCGCUGCGCUCCCGGGGGCUGAGCACCCUCGGGACAGCCCAUCCUGCUCCCGGGGGCUCUGCGGGGAGGAUCGGUGUCCCCCGGGCGGGCAGGGCACGGCCGCGGCGUGGCCGCCGUGCCAGGACUGCCCCGGCUGUGACGAUGGCCACGACUGGACGUCGUCCCUCAUGUCCCAGAGCAGGAACCGGCAGCCACUGGUGCUGGGGGACAACAUCUUUGCAGACUUGGUGGGGAACUGGCUGGACCUGCCCGAGCUGGAGAAGAAGGGGGAGAAGAGCGAGGGGUCCCUGUCGGUGAGCAGGUCCCAGGAGCUCUGCAGGAAGUUCUCCCUCACGGCCAACAUCUUCAAGAAGUUCCUGAGGAGCGUCCGGCCGGACCGAGACAGGCUGCUCAAGGAGAAGCCCUGCUGGCUGCCUCCUGAGGACAAACAGCCCGAGAUUUCCAAGAGGUCCAAAAAGAUCAACAAACUCAAGGGGACGUUUUACCUGCCCCUGCACGGGAACCUGCAGAGCCACCACAGCAAAGCAGAGCGGUGCCCGAGGGCAGACGGCCACAGUGAGCACCCCAAGGUGGGCACCAGGAAAGUGCACGAUCCCAGAGGCUACAGCCAGGCUGGCUUUGACAUCAACACGGCCGUGUGGGUCUGAGCCUGCCCCUGCUCUGCCCAGCACCUCCACCCCAGCUGGAGGCCACACUCACCUGUCAGGAGACUCCUGAGCUCUCCCAGGACAGGAGAGGAGCCCUGCAGAACCUGCUGUGGGCUGCACUCGCCUGCACCUGGAAUUUUCUGGAGAACCACGGCCUCAGAGACUGCCUGAGCAGCAGCUGGCACAGCCCACGUGGGGAGACCUUUGGGUCUCCUUAUGGGCAAAAAUAAUCCGAAUCUUUAGCAGCUUUAGGGUGAGUGGUGCCACAGGUGAGCAGCUCCUGAUUCCAGGGCCGUUCCAUCGUCUCCUGCAGUGGCUGCAGCACAAAAUCCACAGUGUGCAUGUGUGUGUAUGAGUGUGCAAAUAUAGAUAUAUAUAGUUUUGUUAAAAAAAUCUAUUCCUGCUUGUGUGCACUUGAAACUGGUUAUAAACCAGGCAUCCCAAGCUCUGUACCUGAAACACUUGUUAUUUAAAGGGAAAGAAAUGUUUGAAUUUAUAAGACUUGAACAACUGCUGAGUGGGGGGCAAACCCCCUGCUUUGGGGGGGCUUCCCCUUAAACUGCAUCCCUGGUGCCCUCCCACCGUCCCUCCCUCCCCUUCCAGUUAAACCAGUGGGGCACAAGGCUCCUUACAGGGGUUUGUGACCUGGGGUCGGGGUGGGUUUGUCCCUCUCCCCUCCCCUUGUCCUUGUGGAUCACCCCAGAUACAACAUUGCUGAAGUUUAUUGUUGGAUUUUCCCCCAGAUGCAAAGUUCAAUCCCCAUUUCUUGUUGUGUUCCCUGUUGCUGUUGUACAAACCUCAUCUUGACAGAACCAAGUUCUCCAUGUGCAGCUCUCCAAGAGUUUCCAAUAAAGUGGGAUCAGUCUC